AUGGCUGAAGCAGACCUGGAAGAACUUUUGAAGAUUCAGAGAAGGAUCCUGGAUGAACAAGAAGAGGCUUUUAAGAAAGCAAUGUGUGAAGUUCAGAGAGCUCAAAAAGCCAAGAAAAAACUCUCAGAAAUCCAGAUAAAAGUCCUUGAACAGGAGAAGGCCAAGAGAGGCACGCAAGAACAAGAAAUGGCCGAGGCAGCCCUGAAAGAACUUUCAAAGACGCAUAGGAAGGUCCUUGAGGAACAGAAAAGGGAUGAAAGGAAAAUGGAGGAGGAACAAAAGAUGGCUGAAGCAGACCUGCAAGAAGUUGCAAAGAUUCAGAGGAGGAUCUUAGAUGAACAAGAGGAAGCUGAAAAGAAAGCAACAUAUGAAAUGCAGAGAGCUCAAAAAAGUAGGGAAGAACUCUCAGAAAUCCAGAUGAAGGUUCUUGAAAAACAAGAGAAGGCCAAGAAAGCCAGGCAAGAAAGAGAAGUGGCUGAGGCAGCCCUGGGGGAGCUAUCAAAGAUUCAUAGGAUAGUCGUAGAAGAACAGGAAAGGGCUGAGAAGAAAGCCAUGCAAGAAAGAAGGACGGCUGAGGCAGCCCUGGAAGACCUUUCAAGGGCUCAUAGGAAGGUCUUAGAAGAACAAGAAAACUUUGAGCUGAAAGAGCUGAAUGAAAGAGGGAGAGCUCAAAAAGCUAAGGAAGAACUCUCAGAAAUCCAGACAAAGGUCAUUGAAGAACAAAAACAGGCCAAGGAAGCAACGCAAGAACAAGAAAUUGCUGAGUUGGCCCUAGAAGAACUUUCAAAGAUUCAUAGUGUACUCCUAGAAGAACAGGAAAGGGCUAAGAAGAAAGCCAUGCAAGAACGAGAAGAAGCCGAGACGGCAUUGGAAGAACUUUCAAGGACUCACCGGAAGGUCCUAGAGGAACUGGAAAGGGCUGAGAGGAAAGCAAAGGAGGAAAGAAAGAUGGCUGAAGCAGACCUGGAAGAACUUUUAAAGAUUCAGAGGAAGAUCCUACAUGAACAAGAAAAAGCUGAAAAUAAAUCAAUGUGUGAAAUAGAGAUAGCUCAAAAAGCCAAGGAAAAACUCUCAGAAAUCCAGAUAAAGGUCUUUGAAGAGCAGGAAAAGGUCCAAGAAGCAAUGAAAGAUCGAGAAAUGGCUGAGUUGGCCCUGCAAGAACUUUCAAAGAUUCAUAGGAAGGUCCUAGAGGAUCCAGAAAGCGCUGAGAGGAAAGUUAUGGAGGAAAUAAAGAUGGCUAAAGCAGACCUGGAAGAACUUGCAAAAAUUCAGAGAAAGCUCUUAGAAUUUUCAGAAAUCCAGAGAAAGGUCCUUGAGGAAGAACUUUUAAAGACUCAUAGGAAGGUCCUUGAGGAACAGGAAAGGGCUGAGAGAAAAGCAAUGGAGGAAAGAAAGAUGGUUGAAGCAGACCUAGAAGAACUUGCAAAGAUUCAAAGACAGAUCCUGGACAAACACAAAGAAGCUGAAAAGAAAGCAACUCAUGAGAUCCAGAGAGCUCAAAAAGCCAAGGAAGAACUCUCAGAAAUCCAGGUAAAGGUCCUCGAAGAACAGGAGAAGGCCAAGAAAGCAAUCCAAGAACGAGAAAUGGCCGAAGCAACCCUAGAAGAGCUUUCAAAGAUUCAUAGGGUAGUCUUAGAAGAACACGAAAGGGCUAAGAAGAAAACCAAGCAAGAAUUAGAGGCAGCCCUGGAAGAACUUUCAAAGACUCAUAGGAAAGUCCUAGAGGAACAGGAAAGGGCUGAGAGGAAAGCGAAGGAGGAAAGAAAGAUGGCUGAAGCAGAACUAGAAGAAUUUGCAAAGAUUCAAAGACAGAUGUUGGAUGAACACAAAGAAGCUGAAAAGAAAGCAAUGUGUGAAAUCCAGAGAACUCAGAAAGCCAAGGAAGAACUCUUAAAAAUCCAGAGAAAGGUCCUUGAAGAACAGGAAAAGGCCAAGAAAGCCAUGCAAGAAAGAGAAGUGGCCAAGGCAGCCCUGGAAGAACUUUCAAAGACUCAUCAGAAGAUCCUAGAAGAACAGGAAGAAGCUGAGAGGAAAGCAAAGGAGGAAAGAAAGAUGGCUGAAGCAGAACUAGAAGAACUUUUAAAGACUCAGAGGAAGGUUCUACAUGAACAAGAAGAAGCUGAAAAGAAAGCAAUGUGUGAAAUACAGAGAGCUCAAAAAGCCAAGGAAGAACUCUCAGAAAUCCAGAUACAGGUCCUUGAAGAACAGGAAAAGGCCAAGAAGGCGUCCCAAGAACGAGCAGAAGCUGAGGCAGCCCUGGAAGAGCUUUCGAAGACUCAUAGGAAGGUCCUUGAGGAACAGGAGAAAGCUGAGAUGAAAGUGAAGGAGGAAAGAAAGUUAGCUGAAGCAGACCUGGAAGAACUUGUAAAGAUCCAAAGACAGAUCCUGGAUGAACACAAAGAAGCUGAAAAGAAAGUAAUGCAUGAGAUCCAGAGAGCUCAAAAAGCCAAGGAAGAACUCUCAGAAAUCCAAAUACAGGUCUUUGAAGAACAGGAAAAGGCAAAAAAAGUCAUGCAGGAACGAGAAAUGGUUGAGUUGGCCCUCCAAGAACUUUCAAAGAUUCAUAGGAUGGUUUUAGAAGAACACGAAAGGGCUAAGAAGAAAGCCCUGCAAGAACGAGAAGAAACCAAGGUAGCAAUGGAAGAACUUUCAAGGAAGCAUCAGAAGGUCCUUGAGGAACAGGAAAAGGCUGAGAGGAAAGCAAAGGAGGAACGAAAGAUGGCUGAAGCAGACCUGGAAGAACUUUUGAAGAUUCAGAGAAAGGUCCUACAUGAACAAGAAGAAGCAGAAAAGAAAGCAAUGUGUGAAAUCCAGAGAGCUCAAAAAGCCAAGGAAGAACUCUUAGAAAUUCAGAGAAAGGUCCUUGAAGAACAGGAAAGGGCUGAGAAGAAAGCCAUGCAAGAAAGAAGGACAACUGAAGCAGCCCUGGAAGAGCUUUCAAGGGCUCAUAGGAAGGUCUUAGAAGAACAAGAAAAGCUCAAGCUGAGAGCACUGAAAGAAAGAGAGAGAACUCAAAAAGCCCAGGAAGAGCUUAUAAAGAUUCACAGAAGAGUCCUUGAAGAACAAGAAUUGGCUAAGAAAGCACUACAAGAAAAACAUGUAGUUGAGGCAGCCCUGAGAGAACUUUCGAAGAGUCAGGGGAAAGUCCUGGAAGAACAAGAAAAAGCUGAGCGGAAAGCAAAGGAGGAACAAAAGAUGGCUGAAGCAGGCCUGGAAGAAGUUGCAAAGAUUCAGAGAAGGAUUCUAGAUGAACAAGAAGAGGCUUUUAAGAAAGCAAUGUGUGAAGUCCAGAGAGCUCAAAAAGCCAAGAAAGAACUUUCAGAAAUCCAGAUAAAGGUCCUUGAAGAACAGGAGAAGGCCCAGAGAGCCAUGCAAGAACCAGAAAUGGCUGAGUCAGCCCUGGGAGAGUUUUCAAAGAUUCAUAGGGUGGUCCUAGAAGAACAGGAAAGGGCUGAGAAGAAAGCAGUGCAUGAAAGAAGGAUGAUUGUGGCAGCACUGGAAGAACUUGCAAAAACUGAAAGGAAGGUCUUAGAAGAACAAGAAAAGCUUGAGCUGAAAGCGCUGAAAGAAAGAGGGGGAGCUCCAAAAGCUCAGGAAGGACUUAUAACGAUUCGGAGAACAGCCUUUGAAGAACAAGAAAGGGCUGAGACAGCACUAAAAGAAAGGCAUAUAGUUGAGGUGGCCCCGGAAGAACUUUCAAUAAGCCAUAGGAAUGUCCUGGAAGAACAGGAAAGGGCUGAGAAGAGAGUGGCAAAAGAGAAAGCUCAAAAGGCCCAGGAAGAACUUUUAAAGGAUCAGGAAAAGUGCCUAGAAGAACAGGAAAAGGCUAACAAAGCAAUGAAAGCAAGAGAAAGAGCUGAGACUGCCGUGAAAGAACUUUCACAACUUCAAAGAAAAGUGUUAGAGGAGCAGGAAAGAGCGGAGAAGAUCGCAAUGGAAAAGAGGGAGGAGGCAGAGAGAGCCCAAGAAGAACUCCAGCUGGCCCAGAGGGAAGCCCUGCAGGAGCUGGAGGCAGCCAGAAGAAAGAAAAUGGAAGAGCUCAGCAAGAGGCCCUAA